AUGGCUCAAGAAAAGGAAUUAACCAUUGCUCCAUUAGCCUUUCAAAUGAAGGCUAUGUUUGGAGACCAAGAGCAGAAGUUGCGCCGAACAAUCGAGGAAAUACAUGAGCGCAUAGAUAACAUGGAGGGAUCAAAAAGUGUAUUCAAUACAACUCGAGCAAGACAUCAAGUGGUUGAGUCCAAUGGUUCUAACGGUGAGAUUGAUUUUGGGGAAGAAAGGGGCGGCCGAGGCUAUGAACACCCUCCAAGAAGAAACCAAACUGAAUUGGUACGUGAGGAUGACAUUCCUAAAGGAGUUAAAUUAACCAUUCCUUCUUUUCAGGGCAAGGCAGACCCCGACGCAUACCUAGAAUGGGAGAGUCGAAUGGAGAAGCUCUUUGAUUGCCACCACUACACGGAGAACCAAAAGGUGAAGCUAGCAGUCCUAGAGUUCACCAACUAUGCCUCCACUUGGUGGGAUCAACUCCGCAUGAGGCAAAGGAGGAAUGAAGGGCCCGUGAUCACUACUUGGAAUGAACUCAAAAGGGUCAUGCGACAAAGGUUCAUACCUAGCUACUACCAUAGAGAUUUGCACCACAAACUGCAAACUCUAACUCAAGGUAGCAUGUCGGUUGAAGAGUACUAUAAGGAGAUGGAGAUGGCCAUGAUCAAAGCUGAUGUACGUGAAGACCCCGAGGCUACUAUGACACGAUUCGUGCGAGGGUUGAAGCCCGAAAUUGUUGAUAUUGUGGAGCUUCAACACUACCUUGAAAUUCAUGAGUUAUUGGACAAAGCAAUCAAGGUGGAAAGGAGGUUCAAGAGGAGGGGUAACAAUCGACCAAACACUAACCUCCAAGGGGAAGGUUGGCGAAAUCAACCACCAAAGAAAGAGGAGAGCGGAACGGAACCUUCCAAUUGGAACAAGCCAGCCGUGGCUUCACAUGGUCUCUCCAAGCCCGGUGCAAAUCCCUCAAAGCCGAAUGGAGCUCCUUCAAGAUCAAAUGCAAGAGGCAAUCCAAACCCUAACCCGGAUGUUUCCAAAGCUAGGAACCGAGAUGUGAGGUGUUUCAAAUGUCAAGGAUUCAGCCAUAUUGCAUCACAAUGUCCAAAUCAACGAGUGAUGCUUGUAAAAAAUGGAGAAGUUGUGACCGAUGACGAAGAGGAUGAUUGCGAGGGAAUACCACCUCUUAUGAGAGAAGAAGAGGAUGAAGAGGAGAUCAUUGAACAACCAACUCUUGAUAGACUCGGUCAUACAUUAGUUGCUCGAAGGGCAUUGUCUACUCAAGCUAGUGUGGAUGAACUUCAAAGAGAAAACAUCUUUUACACUAGAUGUUACAUCCAAGAGAAGGUUCAUAGUUUGGUGAUUGACCCUGGAAGUUGUACAAAUGUGGCAAGUGCUCUCAUGGUGACAAAGCUGAAUUUGCCAACUACCAACCAUCCCCAUCCAUACAAGCUUCAAUGGCUCAACAAUAGUGGAGAGGUACGUGUACUUAAACAAGUACUAGUUACUUUUCGCAUUGGUAGAUUUGUAGAUGAAGUUUUAUGUGAUGUAGUGCCAAUGCAAGCUGCACAUAUUAUCCUUGGGCGUCCUUGGCAGUUUGAUAGGAGGGUUAGUUGGGAUGGUGUUACCAAUCGUUAUUCCUUCUUCCAUUGUAACAAAAAGGUGAUACUUGUACCUCUUACACCCCAACAAGUGCAUGAGGAUCAAGCUAGCCUUCAAAGGGAGUUUGAACUAGAAAAUGAGAAAAAGAAAAAACAAAAGAGCAGUGAUUUGAAUACCCCCCGAGAGGUAAAAAGAAAGGGUAACACCGAAUCAAACUCUCUGAAAGGGGCUGAAGGUAAUUCGUUCAAGAAAGGGAACAACAGAGUGUUACUUGCUAAGGCUAAGCAUGUGCGCAAAGCCUUAUUGUCUAAUCAACCAAUUUUCCUUCUUAUGUGUAAGGUUGUGCUUACUUCUACUAACCAACUCGAUGUUUCCUUGCCUAGUGUCUUCACUAAACUUUUGCAGGACUAUCGGGAUGUGUUUCCUGAGGAUAUUCCUAGUGGUCUACCACCGGUGAGGGGAAUUGAGCACCAAAUAGAUCUCAUUUCUGGGGCUUCCUUGCCCAAUAAACCACCAUAUAGGACUAAUCCUGAGGAGACUAAGGAAUUGGAGCGACAAGUAGCUGCUUUGUUAGAGAAAGGCUGGGUGAAGGAGUCACUUAGUCCAUGUGCGGUACCCGUAUUACUUGUCCCCAAGAAGGAUGGAACGUGGAGGAUGUGCACCGAUUAUCGUGCCAUUAACGCCAUCACGGUAAAGUAUCGUCAUCCUAUACCACGUUUAGAUGACAUGCUUGAUGAACUUCAUAGUGCCAUUAUUUUCACUAAAAUUGAUCUUAAAAGUGGUUAUCAUCAAAUUAGGAUGAAAGAAGGAGAUGAAUGGAAAACUGUAUUUAAGACUAAACAUGAUUUGUAUGAGUGGUUAGUCAUGCCAUUUGGCCUGACUAAUGCCCUAAGUACCUUCAUGCGUUUAAUGAACCAUGUCUUACGUGCUUUCUUGGGCAAAUUUGUGGUAGUCUACUUUGAUGAUAUCCUCAUUUAUAGUAAAAGUUUAGAUGAGCAUGUUGAGCAUGUUAAAGCUGUUUUAGAGGUUCUUCGAAGGGAACACUUGUAUGCUAAUCUUCAAAAGUGUACCUUUUGCACUAAUGAGGUUGUGUUCCUAGGAUAUGUUGUAAGUGCGCAGGGUAUACAUGUUGACCAAAGCAAAGUGAAGGCCAUCAUGGAGUGGCCGACCCCUACAAGUGUUAGUGAGGUAAGGAGCUUCCACGGGUUGGCAAGCCUCUAUAGACGUUUUGUCAGGGACUUUUCAACCAUUGCCACGCCUCUUACAUCCAUUAUGAAGAAGAACCAACCAUUUCAUUGGGGAGAUGAACAAGCUAAGUCUUUCCAAUUACUUAAACACAAACUCACACAUGCGCCUGUACUUAGUUUACCAAACUUUGAAAGAACCUUUGAAGUUGAGUGUGAUGCUUCUGGUAUAGGUGUUGGGGCUGUGUUACUUCAAGAAGGGAAGCCAAUUGCCUACUUUAGUGAAAAGCUCAAUGGUGCUUUGUUGAACUACUCAACAUAUGAUAAGGAGCUAUAUGCACUUGUUCGAGCAUUGCAAACUUGGCAGCACUACUUGAGGCCUAAGGAGUUUGUUCUACACACUGAUCAUGAGUCGCUUAAACAUCUCAAGUCUCAAAACAAGCUGAGUAAGCGACAUGCACGUUGGAUCGCUUUCAUUGACACUUUUCCAUUUGUGAUCAGGUACAAACCCGGCAAGAGCAAUAUAGUGGCUGAUGCAUUGUCAAGGAGGUAUACUCUAAUCACUACUCUUGAUGCAAAAUUGCUUGGUUUUGAGUUGAUUAAAGAGGCAUACCCUGAUGAUUCGGAUUUUGGUAAGGAAUAUUCAAAUUUUCCUAAGUGUAGCCGAGAGGGCUAUUCUAUGUCCCCCGGGUUUUUGUACUUUAAAGAUAAACUGUGCAUCCCUAGUUGUUCUUUGCGUGAAUUACUUGUUAGGGAAGCACAUGGUGGCGGAUUAAUGGGCCACUUUGGAGUGCCUAAAUCACUUUCUAUACUCCACGAGCACUUCUAUUGGCCAAAGAUGAGGCGAGACGUGGAACGUGUUAUCCAAAGGUGUGUCACUUGUCAUCUUGUCAAAUCCAAGGUACACCCGUAUGGACUCUAUACUCCAUUACCUAUUCCUGCCGUUCCUUGGGUUGAUUUGUCUAUGGAUUUUGUACUUGGUUUGCCUAGGACUCGGUAUGGUCAUGAUUCCAUUUAUGUGGUUGUUGACCGUUUUUAA